AUGUCAAGCAACCUUUGCGACAAAUGCAAAUUUCUAUACCUCGGCGCAGAAUCCCUGGGUCGAUACGGAUUCAAAAAACAAUUCGAAAACGGUGAAGUCCACCUACAAUUUCCAGCUGGGCAGCAGUCCGUUUCUAAUCAUUACGAGUGUCGCGAUAAUCUUCCCGACUUACCGCAGCUCGGAGAGUCGGCCGCAGCAGGAUGUCGGUUCUGUGCACUCCUCCGGGACUCCUUGCUAAGAGGCAUUCGCGAAAGUCGUCAUCACUGGGCUCUGAAGAAACACGACAAGGGAAGGUUUACAGUCAAGGUGGCGAAGCUUUCACUGCUGGCAGCAUAUAAAACCCUAGAGGAGAAGAGUAAAUCUGUCGCCAUAUGUGUGGAAUGGGAUGUUCUCUUACUAGGACGUGAUCGAUCUCCAAAUGACUUUACGGGACCAGAUGGUAGAGUUUAUUUCAAAUUUUGUGCACACUCUGAUGACCCCCUUGCACGCUAUUCGGGUAUUGCAUACCGGCAUCCAGGAGAAGAUGUUCUCUCAGCUAAAAAUGCCAAGGUCAUUCGAGAUCAGUUGAUGGAGUGCGAUAAGGAGCACAACCAUACCUCACCUCCGAUUCGCUUCGGGGAGUCCGAAUCCGACAGGCUGCCUUCACGGCUUAUAGAGAUCACUCAAAACAAGAAUGGAAGAAAGCUACGUCUCGUAGAGACAAAAGGUCUGGAUGAUCCGAGGCGCGCACCUGGUUCAAACUGUCGAGAGGGCACCGAAGGUAUCAAAUACGUUGCACUCAGCUACCGUUGGGGUCACGACGAUUUCCUCACCACAUCCCCUAGCAACCUAAAAGACCAUUUCCAGAAUAUACCACUACCAUCUUCCUCAGACGGCAACACAGUAGAAACCUUACCGCGGGGCUUCGUUGAUGUUGUUGACAUUUGCUGCGAGUUAAAUAUUUCCUAUCUGUGGAUUGACAGUCUCUGUAUCGUCCAAAAGGAAAAGAAGACCAUCGAUGAGACUUUGCUUAAGACCCAACAGGAAGAAUCCCGGCGUGAUUGGGCCACAGAGUCGGCCAAAAUGCACAGCAUAUACAUGUCAGCGUAUUUGACGAUUUUAUUGGUAGCCACGGGUACGCCCUCCAAAGUCCUGGAUUCCAUGCUCGAAAUUUCAUAUUCGAUCGAAAAUCACCCGGAAAUCCAAGGUUCGUUCUGGAUCGAACCUUUAUUUUAUACAGUCGAAUUGGACCAUCUUGUCUGGAACCCGUUCCUGGCUGCCAAGGAUGAGUUAGACUCAUCUGCAUGGAACACCCGAGGUUGGACUCUGCAGGAACGACUACUAUCGCCACGAAAACUCUACAUUGGAGUGACCGAUAUGCUCGGACUAGGCUUGUUGACCUGCCCCGCGCGGAUGGAUUACGGACACGACAUCGAGGACAUCAAACGGCCCCGACGUCACAAUUCCCUGGACAAGCUAGAAGUCGGAACUUCAGCAGUAGCAGCGACCGGAGUUCCUGGACAGACGUAUGGCAUAGAAAAAUUAUAUCAAGCUUGGUAUCGAAUCGUGGAGGAUUACACUUGUCGUGACUUGACCGUGUCAAGUGACAAGCUGCCCGCUCUUUCCGGCAUCGCACGCACGCAUUCCUUGGCCUUGGACGACCAGUACAUCGCCGGAAUAUUGGUUCAGGAUCUAGCCAUGGGACUUCUUUGGGCACCCCGUUACGCGAUGAACCCUGGCAGCGACCGGUAUUUUGGGGAAAGAAAACGCAAACCAUUGACCUGUUCCGAGCAAUACCGGGCGCCUUCAUGGUCAUACCCUGAAAUUGAGGUCCUCGGUCACGACUUGAUCCCAGAGUAUAACCACGACCACUACGGACAAUUAGCAAUCGAUCAGAAGAACGGAGGGUACGUGAAACUCGGAGCAAAGAUUAGAGCGGCCCAGAUGCAGCCACGUUAUGAGCCUCAGCCGGAUAUGGUUCACCCGAACUUCCCUGAACUAGAACGGCCCAAAUCCCCGGAGAGAGGAUUCCAACUGAGGGAGGUCCAAGUACCCAAUAAUGCUGAUGAAUCCAAAAGCGACACCAUCUUCCUCGAUCACUCAGAGAGUUAUCCCGACGCAGAAGAGGUAUUUUUAAUGAUUGUGGCGAGGGGCGGCCAGCCGUUAUAUUCCCAGCCCGGUCAGUACAAAUUGGGAAGCCGGUCUGCCGGGCUGGUGCUGCGCAACUGCCCGGAUCAGACGAGAAUGAAGCUGGAACGGAUUGGCUUUUACUCCCAUUUUUGGGAUAUGGGUCUUACUUCAAUCUUUGAUGAUUGUGAGCCGCAGGCUGUUUACCUGGUGUGA